CUUCGUUGGAAAUAUCGCAUUACUGACCUAAACGAGUAAUUAAUGACAUAUUAAAAGAGGAUGUGUCAAAAAACUUGGCUAUAGGAAGUAGCUUGAAGUCACUUAUACGAUUAAAAAAAAAUUAUUAUUUGAGAAACAGUACAGCAACAUAACUUUUCAAAAAUGAAUGGAAUUAUACCUGAAAUGGAACAAAUUAUUAGUCAAUUGGAAAGAGGUACUGUAGUUACUAAGUUUUUUCCAAGAAAACGGCCAGAAAAGAAAACUCUUAUGAUAAGAAGAGAAACUAGACAAAUUGUUUGGUCUAGAAGCGCAACAUUCAGACCUUUUGAUGGUUCUGUGGAAAUAAGAGAAGUUAAAGAAAUUAGGGUGGGGAAACAAUCUAAAGAUUUUGAAAAGUGGCCUGAAGAUGCUAAGAGAAUUGAGAAUCUAAGAUGCUUUGUUGUAUAUUAUGGUUCAGAAUUUAGAUUGAAAACUCUUUCUAUAUCAGCUCUUAGUGAAAAAGAAUGUGAGUUGUGGGUUAAAGGAUUACGUCACUUAGUGCAAGACACUAUAAAUGCACCAUAUCCUUUACAAGUUGAAAGAUGGCUUAGAAGAGAAUUUUAUGCAAUGGAAAAUUCCCGUGAAAUGGUUACAUUGAAAGAUGUAAAAGCGUUUUUGCCUAAAGUUAAUUGCAAAAUUGCUACAAAUAGACUCAGAGAAUUGUUCCAAGAAGUAGAUACGAGAAACCGAAAUGAGCUUGGGUUUGAUGAUUUCGUUAUUCUAUACCAUAAACUAAUGUUUGAUCAGAAUAAUCUCACAGAUUGGCAUAAACUGUUGAAUUAUUCCAAAACUGCACAAACCAUCACACUUCAAGAAUUCCAAAACUUUUUAAUUACUGAACAACAAGAUAGUUUGGGAAGUAAUGAAUUAGAAAUAUCGCGUUUUAUUAGGGAAUAUUUGCAAGAUCCUCAGAGAGAUAUACAGGAACCGUAUUUUACCUUCUCAGAAUUUAUAGAUUUCUUAUUUUCCAAACAAAACGACAUCUGGAAUCAAAAAUUUAAUCAAGUUUCUCAAGAUAUGAGCCACUCUCUUGCACAUUAUUGGAUAGCGUCAUCACAUAACACAUACUUGAUGGGAGAUCAGAUUAGCAGUGAAAGUAGCUGUCAGGCUUAUGUGCGUGCAUUAAGAGCAGGAUGCAGAUGUAUAGAGCUUGAUUGUUGGGAUGGUCCAGAUGGAAUGCCAUUUAUAUUCCACGGACAUACUCUUACCACUAAAAUUAAAUUUUUAGACGUUAUUAAAACUAUCAAGGAGCAUGCUUUUUCUACAUCCGAAUAUCCUGUUAUUUUGUCUAUUGAGGAUAAUUGUACCUUGCCGCAACAACGCAAAAUGGCAACGACUAUGCAAGAAGUAUUUGGUGAUAUGCUGUUAGUUCAGCCUGUCGAUAAAAAUGAAACUUAUCUUCCUUCUCCAUUCGCGUUACGUAGAAAAAUUUUAUUAAAACAUAAGAAACUUCCGGACGGAGUCGAUGAAUCCUCGUUUCUUGUUCGAAAUGAUGAAAGCAGGCAAGAGAUGGAUCUUCGAAAUACUGUGAAAAAUGGGAUUCUUUAUUUGGAGGAUCCCGUUGAUAGGGAAUGGAAUCCUCAUUUUUUUGUGCUGACGCAACAGAAGUUGUUUUAUACAGACACGUUUUCAAGAUCGCAAGAAACGGAACACGAUGAUGAUGAAGAAAGCAGCGUUAGGAGAACGUCGGAUGGCGCGCCAAAUGACGAGCUGCAUUUUGGGGAAAAAUGGUUUCAUGGGAAAUUAGCAAGGGGAAGAGAGGAGGCUGAAGAAUUAUUACGAUGUUAUUCCUAUCUUGGAGAUGGUACUUUUCUAGUACGAGAAUGUGUUACAUUUGUGGGUGAUUAUUGUUUAUCAUUCUGGCGUAAAGGAAAGGUGAACCAUUGUCGUAUUAAGCUGAAACAGGAAAUGGGACAAACGCAAUAUUAUCUUAUUGACACCAAUUGUUUUGAUAGUUUAUACAGCUUAAUUACUCAUUAUCGCAAUCAUCCGCUUAGAAGCCAAGAAUUUCUAAUUACUCUACAAGAACCAGUACCUCAACCAAACAAACACGAGGAAAAGGAAUGGUGGCAUCCUGAAUGCACGCGAAUUGCGGCAGAAGAGAUGCUAAAGCGUAUACCCACGGAUGGUGCUUUUUUAGUGAGACCUAGUGAAAGAGAAAGUAAUUGUUAUGCAAUUUCAUUUAGAGCGGAAAAGAAAAUAAAACAUUGUAAAAUAAAACUUGAAGGGAGGCUCUACAGCACUGGAACUGUACAAUUUGAAAGCUUGGUUGAAUUAGUAAAUUAUUACGAACGGCAUCCGUUGUAUAAAAAAAUCAAACUAAGCCAUCCUGUUAAUCAGGAUAUCAUUAGAAGAAUGGGAUUGGAUAAUGAUGAUGGAUCUGUUUAUGGCAUCCCAGGUUACAUGGACCCUACAAGCUUUACGUCGAAAGUUACAGUUAAGGCUAUGUAUGAUUAUAAAGCUAGACGGGACGACGAAUUGACGUUAGUCAAGCAUGCUAUAAUUACUAAUGUCAAUCGACAAAGUGAAGGAUGGUGGAGAGGUGAUUAUGGUGGUAAAAAACAACACUGGUUUCCUGCUAAUUACGUAGAAGAAAUUGAUCAACAAGAAAAUCAGGGAGAUUCGGCAGAUUCUAUGAUGCUCGGCAGCUUGCAGAAAGGUUCAUUGGAUAUCAUGGGUGCUGUAGUAGAAUUAACAGUUGGAGAAAGACCAGGUCUAGAAUGGAUCUUAAGGAUACAAAAUCCUAGUAUGUGUUCAGUAUUCGAAGUUGCGACACCCUUGAAAGAUACCGCGUUAGAAUGGAUGUCAAGUAUUAAAGAGACCGCGCAGAAUGCAAGUGUUAGGGAAAGUCAGCAUAAGGAAAUGGAAAGAGCAUGGAGAAUUGCCAAGGAAAUGUCUAAUCUUAUAGUAUAUUGUAGAUCAGUUGCAUUUAACAUAGAGCGACUAAAAACUAAGGGAUUUACGUUCCACGAAAUGAGUAGUUUUCCCGAAACAAAGGCUGAAAAAUUAAUGUGUCAACAAGAAAAUAAAUUUUUUAUAAAGUACCAUCAGGUUCAGUUUAGUAGAGUUUAUCCAAAGGGUCAACGCAUCGAUUCAUCCAAUUACAAUCCCGUACCGAUGUGGAAUUCUGGUUGUCAAAUGGUAGCUUUGAAUUAUCAGACCGGAGACAAGUCAAUGCAAUUAAAUCAGGCGAAAUUUAAAGAGAACGGAAAUUGCGGCUAUUUAUUGAAGCCAGAAUUCAUGUUUAGACAUGACUUUAAUCCAUGUGACAAAAAUACAUUGCACGGAGUUGAUUCGCUGAAAAUCAGUUUAAAAAUUAUUGGAGCGAGGCAUUUAAUGAGAUCAGGAAGAGGCACUGCCAGUCCAUCCGUCGAAAUCGAAAUUAUAGGAGCAGAUUUCGAUUCAGGAACGAAAUUAACAACAAAGACGAUCCCCGACAAUGGAUUUAAUCCAAUGUGGAAUGAAACAUGUGAAUUUGAAAUAUUCAAUCCAUAUUUUGCUCUUAUACGAUUUUUAGUGCAAGACGAAGAUAUGUUUGGCGAUAGUAAUUUCAUAGGACAAGCUACUUAUCCAGUGCGUUGUUUAAGGACAGGAUAUAGAAGUGUUCCAUUAAAAAAUAUAUAUAGCGAAGAUCUUGAGCUUGCUUCCUUAUUGAUACAUAUUAAAACCAUGCCUUCAUCGGGACAUAAUGCAUAAUAAAUCAACAAAAAGUUAAAUCUGUGUUGUGGAAUAUUCAAUAUGUAAUUUAAUAAAACUAUUGAAAUUAGCGUAAUGAUGCAAACUAUAACGAUUGGUACAUAUCGCAACAGUACAGAAUGGUAUAAAAAUAAUGUUAGGACGAACAUAUCGUUAGAAAACUGUAUAUAUUUAUGUCAAACUUUAACAAGUUAGAUACAUGUAGAUUAUUGCAGAAAUAUAUUAAAAAUGUUUCUAUGAUUCACAUAUGACAUAAAGUGAUUAAAUAUUCUAUGUUCUCUCAUCAAAAAGAGAAAUAUAUUAAAAAAAAUAAUGAAAUAAAAAAUUAAAAGAUUGAUUAAGUUAAAAAAAAGUUCUAACAAGACAAAUAGACAAUAUAUAUGCAUCUAGAUGAUUGAAAUCUAGAAUAGAUAAAUUAUACUGCUACGACAUAUGGAUAUUAUUAAUAGCGUUGAAGCAAUAGAGUAUAUUUUGUUUUAUAUAUGAGGCGUUUUUAAUAAUUUAUGUGAUUAGUAAUAUAUCAUAUUGACUUGUUAUGUUUCGUAAAAUAUGCUCUCAUAUAUUGCAUAAUGAAUUAUCUUUCCUUAUAACAAUUAGUUUAUCAAAUCAUCAUGUUUUAUACUUGUAGUGCUAAUAUUAAUUACUUAAUUUAAAAGAGUAAUUGCUCUAUGCAAUGAAAUGAAUGGAUGAAGAGAAAGAAAUAUAAUAUAAGCACAAAUACGCUAUAAUAUCAUAGAUAUAUAUUAUGGCAUUUAAUGCAAAAGAAGUGUCACUUAUGCGCGACAAACACACAUCAUACACUUAGAGUAUUUAGAACUACAGAUACAACUAGAACUAUAGAUACAAAUUUAAUUAAGUGAUAAAUUUUAGAUUAAAACUGAAGUCCUAAUAUAUAUAGAUCUAUAAAUCAAUUACUUUCUAGAUAUUUAUUUUUAAAAUUUUUUAUUUAGUAUAUAUAUAUAUGUGUGUGUGUGUAUGUCUAAAGUUUAUAUAUAUGACACACAUAUGAAACAUAGAUUAAUAUUUCAUACGUCAUGGACUGAUAUCUCGAGAUUAUUCACGAGAAGCGAUAAUAAAUGAUGAAAUGAAUUCACGCUCGCCUGGAAACACAACUGAGAGUAACUUUCGUUACUAUUACAGAUACACAUAAAUAAAGUUAAUUCUUUAUAAUU